CAACCACCUAUCCUCAUCCUAACUAACAACCCAGCAUCAUACACGACAUCUCACACCUAUUCAACGAUCGAUCACCUCGGCAAUAACAUGUCCAACCCCAAACACCCUCCCAAAGCAAACCUCCUCACCCUCCCCCCCGAACUUCGCACCCCCAUCUACACCCACCUCCUCACCCUCCCCCACCCCCUCCACAUCUUCCAAGACCCCGAGCUCUUCGCCCCCGCCAAACCCCCCGCAUGGCUGGCCUUGAUCUACACCAAUCGCCAGAUCUCCAUCGAAGCUCGCGCAAUCCUCUACGGCGCGCAUCAGUUUAUCUUCGAGGAGAUUGAGACCGCGCGGCGGUUACCGAGUCUCGUGGAAGCGUUCCUGGGGUGUAUUGGGCCCGUGAAUGCGGGAUAUCUGUCCCAUGUGAGCAUCAAUUUUCCGGCUACUGAGCGGGUGGAUGGUCUGUUAGGGAAAGUUAGGAUUCGGGAGGAUGGACUACGGAGGUUAGAUCUGCUGAGGGGGUUGUGUACGGGGUUGAAGACGUUGGAGGUGGUGGUUUAUGGUCGGGAGGUGAGCGGGUUGCUUGGGGAGGAUCAGAUGGAGGAUCGCUUUGUUAGAGAGGUGUGGGUGGAUGUUGAUAGGCGGGUGAGAGGGAUUGGUUCGUUGAGGAAGAAGAUGGUUAGGGUUUGUGGGGGAGUGAUUGACCCUUCCGUACGGGGGUUUUUGGAAGGGUUGGGAUGGGUGGUUUUGAUGGGUAACUUAUAGAUGUCUCUGAGAUUGGAGGUUGAUUUACAUAGAUCUGUACUUCGGGUUCUAAUGCUGGCAGUAGUAAUGCAGUCGCCAAGCCGGACCAGCUCGCUCAGCUACUAUGAAUAUCUCUCCUCGUGUACUCCAUUCAUCAACCUCGGGUAGUGGUAGGAA